CUCCAGCAGUUGUCUCAACUUGAAAAGUGAGUAGGUCGCUCCGUGUUGUCCUGCUGCGUUCCGAGCUCUACACCACCUACUCCGACAUGUUAACCGCGGAUGAAGAAGCUCUUCGACGGCAGGAAGAGCUGGCGAUCCAACAGGAGGUACUCUCCAUGGGCAUGUUCCACUCCGUGGGGGACACCACCUUCGAUAUGGGCGCGAUCCUCAGGAUGGAUCCAGCUCUCAUGAGCUUGAAGGUCGAAGAGCUCGAUGCAAUGCUUGCUGCUGAGUUGGCCGACCUGGACAGCCUCGGUGGGCCGGACUUUGGGAUGCCCAUGGGGCCCAUGGGAGGCAGGAUGGGGCCCAUGAGAGGCAUGGGGCCCAUGGGAGGCAUGGAGUCGAUGGAGCCCUUCCCGAACCAGCAGCCGAUCCCCCCUGUACCUCCAGUGCCAGAGGAUGCACCAGUUGUGAAGGCCGUUCUGGUUGCGCCAACAUACCAAAGCAGUAAGCACAACAUGCCUUUGCUGGGUCGGCUUGAUGUUCUCCUCGGAUCAGUUGGUGCCUUGGAAGACAUCCAGGUUGCGUUGCAGCACGCCAAGGUCAGGACUCCAGAGCUGAAGAUCUUGACUGAUGCCACCAAGCCAGGUGGUUGGGCUGUGACACAUGAGGCACCCACGCGGAAGAACAUCCUGAACUCUAUGAAAUGGCUGGUGCAAGAUGCGAAGCCUGGAGACAACUUGCUCUUCUUCUUUGCAGGUCAUGGUGGGCAGUCCAGAGACACUGACGGUGACGAAGAGGAUGGCCAGGACGAGCACAUCUGUCCUGUCAUCCAAGGGCAACAUCCCAAGUUUGCAGCUGCACUCGAGGGCUCCUUGGAGAGAGAAGAAGCAGAUGACCUUCUGGGCCGUCCGAUCAGCGAUGAUGAGAUUUUUGAGCAGAUGUUGAAAGAUCUGCCUGAGGGGGUGCGCCUCACCACCAUUUUUGAUGCUUGUCACAGCCAGACCAUGGCAGAUCUAAAGCACUCCUACGAGGUGCAUGUGGAGGAUGAGGAGAUGGCACGCGCACGACGACAGGAGCCACCACCCCCUGGUUUCAACUUCGACAAGCGCCCUUUGAUUUGCAAAGAAUUGAAAGGCAAGCAGUGUGCGGCCAGUGUCCUUUGCUUGGCAGGUUGCAAAGACCGGCAAACCCAACAGACAUGGUGUGACCAAAGCGGGCCCUCAAUGCGAGGAGCCUUCUUUCUCACGAACAUGCUGGCCAAGGCGAUUGGUGGCAUGCGCACUCCAAACCCAAGCUAUGCCGAUGUCUUGCGCGAGAUUACGCGCGAUUUCUACCGUGGGAACAGGCUCAACAUGAGCAUUCCCAGUUUCUCCACCUCUUCAGCAGUUGACCUCGAUGCACCUUUCAGUCUGGUGGGACCACUCGGAUGA